AUGCAGUUCAAGGGCACCAUCUUCAACGCUGCACUGCUCGGCGCCUCUUGCGUGAUGGCGCAGUCGACGCCCGAUCCAAACGUCGACGUGUCUGUCUUCGAGCUUCGCGCCUUCUCCAACGAAACCGCCAUCGACGGCAAGUCCAUUGUGGCCAAGAACGGCUUCCUCGCCGUCGGCACCACUUCCGAUGCCAACUGCACGGGCGACAAUGCGGACUACGACUCGACAACCUACACACAGUUCCUUAUCGGACUGACAACCUACAACCCUGACGGCGAUGCUCAGAUCAUAUUCGUCGGCACCAACGGCCAAAACCUGCAAGUCGCGCAGCCGGGCCAAGCGCCGGCCGAGCCGCAGGUGCCCACCGGUUUCCGACAGAUCGUCCACUGGAACGACAAGCUGCUGCAGUUCCGGGGCGCGGGCUUCCAAGCGUGUCCGCGGUCGAACUUUGACGAGUGGAUAGUCUCGGUGCAGCCGGGCGCGUUGCCCACUGUGCCGGAGUGCAACAUCUUUGAUGUGGUGAUCGUGCCGAAGGACGGGGCGACGGCCCCGAGUUGCGUGUAUAAUUGA